CCCCGCAACUGAAAUAAUCAAAAACCCCACCUGAAGUUGAUAAUUGUCACUCGCAUUGAAUGAUCUCUGCAGGAUAGGCUAUUCCACAACUACUUGAUAACCCCAAAGUCCUAGCACAGGUUCUACUGAUUUGCAAAAGCAUACUAUGGCCACCGUUGAUACUAUCCUGGCUGGUAAAUAUCCUGCCAAAUCCCAUGCGCGUCGGGUUGCCGAGCUUCUCCAGGCCCAUUAUGGACAUGAUGCUCCUGGGGUGAUAUACUUGGAAGCCCAGAAAACUCGUCUUAUAGAGGAUAACGACGAACCAAUGCCAUUUAGACAACGCCGUUUCUUCUACUAUCUAUCUGGGUGCUCUCUUCCAGAUUCCUAUGUGAUUUACGACAUCAGAGCCGACAAGCUUACUCUAUUCAUACCUCCUAUUGAUGCGGAAGACGUGAUUUGGUCAGGUCUUCCACUCUCCGCGGAUGAGGCUUUGAAACUCUACGAUGUUGACAGUGUGUCGACGACAACUGAAGUCAAUGCUGCUCUUGUUUCUAUUGGCUCAGCGUAUAGUGGCAAAUGCGUAGCUUUCGCCAUCGCAGAUCAGGUUUCUAGCGACACGACGUUCCAAAGCUAUGCGGAGACCAAUCUUUCCGUCUUAAAGGGAGCUAUUGAAACAGCGCGUGUUGUCAAAGACGGAUAUGAAAUCGCUCUCCUGAAGAAGGCCAAUGAUAUUUCCGCGAAAGCUCAUAUUGCGGCCAUAAAAGCUGCCAAGACUGCGACAAAUGAGCGUGAGAUCGAAGCCGCGUUCAUCGCGACAUGUAUUGCUAAUGGUGCUCGUGAGCAAUCGUACCAUCCUAUUGUUGCUUGCGGUGUGAAUGGGGCCACUCUUCACUAUGGGAAGAACGAUGAUGAUCUGAUCGACCCUGUGACGAACCAGAAGAAGCAGAAUGUGCUCAUUGAUGCCGGGGGUGAGUAUCGUGCGUAUUGCUCCGAUAUAACACGUGUGUUUCCUGUAGGCGGGAGAUUUACGACAGAGACUCGCCAGAUUUAUGAGAUCGUCCUACAAAUGCAGACAGAAUGCAUUGCAAUGCUUAAACGAGAUGUCCAAUGGGAGGACGUGCAUGCGCAUGCGCACCGUGUUGCCAUCAAAGGUUUACUUGCAUUAGGAAUUCUGAUCGGUUCCGAAGAUGAAUUGUUCGAGAAGAGAGUUAGCGUAGCAUUUUUCCCCCAUGGUCUCGGACAUUACCUAGGAAUGGAUACGCAUGAUACUGGUGGUAACCCAAACUAUGGAGACAAAGAUAGCAUGUUCAAGUAUCUCCGGGUUAGAGGCCGUUUGCCUGCAGGCUCCGUCAUCACUGUUGAACCAGGUAUCUACUUCUGUCGCUUCAUUAUUGACCCUUAUACCCGGUCUCCUGAUUUGGGGAAGUACAUUGACACGAAUGUCCUGGAGCGGUAUUGGAGCGUUGGGGGAGUUCGUAUCGAAGACAAUAUACAAAUCACCACAGAUGGCUACGAGAACCUGACCACGGCGCCAAAAGCCAUAGAAGAGGUGGAAAGCCUGGCCUUGUAGAAAGCGCCGUCAAUACGAGGGACACGAACGCAGAUAUGAUCGCCUUGAAAAUAUCGUACUCCAGAAUAUCUAUUUGCUGGAAAUAUGAUCCUCGCAGCUAUCCAGCACCAUUUCAAGCGGAGAAAGUCACUUAAAGAUGUCGAUUUGUUUUAUUUGAAUACAAGGUUAAAGUACAGCAUCAUAGUACAGUUAUCGUUUGCCAGGAAGUAAAAGAAAGAAAUAA